CGUAUUUAAACCCUAAACAGCGAAACAUUGGAAUUAAAAGUGCAAGGGAAACAACUCCAGUCUAAACGGGCGACACCAAAAACAAAUAAUUUGCAAAAGGGCGGUUAUUUUAAGGAACAUUUCGCCAAAAAUAGAAGAGCAAACACUUAAUCAGCUGACAGUGUAGGUUUAAAUGUCACCUGAUUAAUGUAAUCUUAUCAGAAACACCCGAAUUUAUUAAGAUGAUGUUACUAAUUGUUGUAUCCUUGUUUGUUGCUUGGUUGACGUAUCGAUGGUUUCGAAAUACCAAAAGUAUCGAUAAUUUCCAUAAUCGAUACAUAUUUAUAACAGGUUGCGAUUCUGGUUUCGGUAAUAUGUUAGCAAAGAGACUAGAUGAACUGGGAUUUAAUGUUUUUGCAGGAUGUUUAACACAAUCUGGAAAAGAACAAUUGAAGCGUCAAACAACCGACAGGGUAAAAGUCAUACCAAUCGAUGUUUCCAAGACGGAAAGUAUUCAGAAAGCAUUUGAUACAGUAAAAUCGUUACUGCCUAAUGAUACAGGUUUGUGGAGUAUUGUCAACAAUGCAGGAAUAGUCGGUACCAUAGGACCUGUGCAAUGGUUAACGAGAGAAGACUAUAGGUCCACGUUUGAAAUCAAUACUUUAGGUAUUGUUGAAACUACACGAAUAUUUCUUCCCCUAGUAUUAAAAGAAAAGGGCAGAAUAGUAAAUAUUACAAGCAUGAUGGGUAGAAUUGCAGCGGCUAAUUCGACUUACGUCGUGUCCAAAUUUGCAGCAGAGGGAUAUUUAGAUGUUUUAAGACGUGAACUAUAUAAGAGGGGUGUUUCAGUGCAUAUUUUAGAACCAGGUUUUUUCCGGACUAGUAUAACAGAUAUUGAAACUGCAUGUAAAUCUGUCGACGGUACAUUCAGAAAAACAUCUGGAGAAAUGCAAAAAUAUUAUGGAGAGAGCUAUCUAAAUACCAUUAAAGAUGAAAUUAAAGACUUUUUACAAAGGAUUGUAUCACCCCACACGAAUUUAGUCGUUGAUGCUUAUGUCCACGCACUGACAUCUAAAUAUCCAAAAUAUCGUUACAUAGUUGGCAAAGAUGCCAAGUUUACCUUCAGACUUCUGUGGAAUCUACCAGAAUGGGCUUCGGACUACAUACUUACAAGAAAGGUUAAAAUACCACAGGCAGAACAAGACCUCUGAUCACUAUCAUAAUACACAACUUUGGGCUGAAUUAAUCUGUCAGUACGUUUUUAUUAUCCUUUUAUAACUAUUGUGACUUCACUUUCUCUGAAUAUUUAAAUGAAAUUGAGAAUGGAAACGGGGAAUGUGUCAAAGAGCAGAAAACAGCCCAAGGCCACCAAAGACUGGUUAAUUUUCUUAAAUACAUGUCAAGAUGGUAGCCGAAAAUACAGCAUCGAUACGACAUACUGUCAUUGUUUUGUUUUCCCUCGAUAAACUCAGAGACUCGGAAUAAUUCGGAUUAUUUCUGACUCUAUUUGACAAAUUACCCAUAUCCGGAAACAAAAUGUAUACCACAAGUAACCGUAUACCUGUGUUAUCUGUGUUAAUUUCAGAAAAUAAAGAAUUUAUUAUU